AUGGUGUCAAACGUUAUUCUAGACAUAGAGGGCACUAUUUGCCCCAUUUCGUUUGUCAAAGAUGUGCUUUUCCCGUAUUUUCUGCGCCAGCUGCCCGCCCUGCUAGACCAGUACCCGUAUCCGCUGCUGGAAGACCCCUCCGACCCUAUCAAGACCAUCCUGCGCAAAUUUCCCCAGGAUAAGACCGCAACCAGAGACUCGCUGUACACUUACAUCAAGACUCUGGUGGACAACGACGUGAAGGACUCCGUGCUCAAGGAGCUUCAGGGCCUCAUCUGGGCCAAGGGCUACCACGAGGGAACCAUAAAAGCGCCACUGUACGAGGACGCUAUACGGGCCAUGUACACGUGGAGCACGCGAAAGGACAAAAAAGUGUACAUCUACUCGUCCGGGUCGGUUCAGGCGCAGAAGCUGCUGCUGCAGUAUGUGCGCAGCAUCAACGAGCCGGAAACUGCGCCGGGAAAAGACCUCAACGAGCUGGUUUCUGGGUAUUUUGACACCACCAACGCGGGCCCAAAAAUCCAGGCCACCAGCUACUCCAAGAUUGCGGAAAAAAUUAACUCGAGCCCCGCCAAGUGUCUGUUCCUCAGCGACAACCCAAAAGAAGUGGCCGCCGCUUUGGAGGCAGGCAUGCACAGCUACAUCGUCGUCAGACCGGGCAACGCUCCGGUGGAGUCUGCGCCUGCAGCCAAAAUAUCUACGUUCGACCAACUGGAACUAUAG